AUGCUCAGAAAUUUUGAUUUAACCAAGUUGAAGGCCAUCAUCUUGGCUUCCCCAGGAUUUACUGCCAAUGCAUUAUACCAGAAGAUUAUAAAUCAAGCCACCCAAGAGGAAAACAAGUUGAUUUUUCAAAAUAAAUCAAAAUUUAUGGUUGUCCACUCUUCAACUGGUUAUCUUCAGGGUUUAGAGGAAGUAUUGAAGGACCCAUCAAUUCAAAAACAAUUAAGCAAUACAAAAUUUGCUAGGGAGGGAGCUAUUUUUGAGGAAUUUCAAAGAGUUCUCAAUAACGAUGACGAUAGGGCUUGGUAUGGUCCACUGGAAGCCGCAAAAGCGGUUGAACUAGGCGCCAUUAAAUACUUCAUGAUUACAGAUACCCUUUUCAGAAGCGAUGAUAUAGCCGUGAGAAAGCAUUAUAUUAAAUUAACGGAACAAGUUAAAAGCCAAGGUGGUGAAGUGUUAAUAUUUUCGAGUUUGCAUGAAUCUGGUGAACAACUAGACCAAUUAACCGGUGUAGCAGUUUUACUUAAUUACCCUGUUGCAGAUCUUGAUGAAGAAGAAGAGGAAGAAUAA